AGCCAAGCAAACACAUCAGAGCACACAGACUACGGCAAAGAAAGACAGCGUGAGUGACCGAGCGAGCUAGAGAGACCAGAGAAUGGCCGCUGAUUCUCGGACCAUCAUAGCUCCCACUGAUGCUGAGCUGCUGCAAGCACAAGCCGACCUAUGGCGCCACAGCCUCUACUACCUCACAUCCAUGGCGCUCAAGUGCGCCGUCGAGCUUCACAUCCCAACUGCUAUACAUAACCUUGGAGGGGCUGCCUCGCUGCCAGACUUGGUAACCGCACUGUCCCUUCCUCAGACUAAGCUUCCGUUCCUCCGCCGCUUGAUGCGGCUGCUCAUCACGUCAGGCAUCUUUGCAUCCGAAAGCGGUGCAGACGUGGAGACGUACCGCCUCAACCCACUCUCCUGGCUCCUGGUAGAAGGUGUGGAAGCGGAAGACCACACCUACCAGAAAUACUUUGUGCUCGCCACGGUCUCACGGCAUUAUCUUGAGGCUGGAUUGUCUCUAGCUGACUGGUUCAAGAAGGAUUUGCCUGUGCCAACACCAUCGCCAUUCGAAGAACUACAUGGUGCGCCACUCGUCCAUGAGACAACAAAACUCCUUGACGAAGAGCUAGACAGAAUUGUCAAUGAAGGUGUGGCUGCACAUGACAACUUGGCAAUUGGAACCAUUAUUCGGGAGUGCGGUGACCUUUUCAAGGGUGUUCGAUCACUGACUGAUUGCGGUGGUGGUGAUGGCACGACUGUGAGGGGAAUCAUCAAGGCGUUCCCUGACAUCAAGUGUACUGUGCUGGACCUUCCAAAAGUUAUUGAGAAUGCACCAGCUCAUGAUUCAGUUAACUAUGUCGCGGGUGACAUGUUCCACUCGAUCCCACCUGCUCAAGCUGUGUUGGUAAAGCUUCUACUGCACUUCUUCAACGAUGAGGAUUGUGUGAAGAUCCUGGAGCAGUGCAGGAAGGCAAUUCCUUCAAAAGAAGAGGGAGGGAAGGUGAUUAUUAUAGAAAUAGUCGUUGACCCUUCUGUGGGGCCAAUAAUGUACGAAGCCCAACUCCUGAUGGACAUGCUCAUGAUGGUGAAUAUCAGAGGCAGGCAGCGAGAUGAAAAUGACUGGCGUGUGAUCUUUAUGAAAGCAGGUUUCUCCGACUAUAAGAUUGUUAAGAAAAUAGGAGCUCGUGGUGUCAUCGAAGUUUACCCGUAACACUGCACACCCUUAAAUUAUGCUCAAUGUGUGGUGUAGUAUUGAGGGGACCAUGUGAUGUGAGGAUAUAAAUAAACGGAGUGCCUCAUUUCCUAGAGAAAGGUUGAUGGAUCUGAAAGCAGUUGAGCUAUUCGGAUUUCAUGCAUUGAGAUCCACAUGUAGCUGCUGUUUGAAAUAGACUAGAGCACUCUUCGUGGUUUCCAGCAGUCUGCUAUGUUUGUUUGACUUUGAUCAUAUAUAAUGGAUGGUUGUUUGUUGAUAUAUGUAUGUUAUGUAAAACCACGAUAAGUUAUGCAAUGUGUAAUUUAUCAUUA